GUGGAGAAAAGCCCCCAUAUUUGUCAGUGUGUGUUUCUGCCGUGCAGCUCGGACGUAACGCAUCUGAGCGGACACGACAGUAAAUGUAACCUGCCUAGGCAUUUCCUGUCCCCGUGCCUUCAGUAAAAAAACGCAAUAUUAUAAGGAGUCGCACCACGGGAAUUAAGAUCCAGGAAAGGGACGCUUUGACCCCAUUGCGAGCCCCACGAACCUGCGUCAGAGGCCGGAUCGACUCAAGGCUUGUGUCGAGCAGCUGGGUGGUGGCAUGGCCUUGUCGUUUUGCGGCAGCGACAACAGCACCAAUUCCUACAGCGUGAACGCGGGCGUGCUGAACAAUGGCUGCUUCGUGGACGCCCUCAACUUGGUACCCCAUGUCUUCCUGCUCUUCAUCACCUUCCCCAUCCUCUUUAUUGGCUGGGGAAGUCAGAGCUCCAAAGUCCAGAUCCAUCAUAACACUUGGCUCCAUUUCCCCGGCCACAACAUGAGAUGGAUCCUCACCUUCUCUCUGCUGUUUGUCCAUGUCUGCGAGUUCGCCGAGGGCAUCGUCUCCAACAAUAGAGGGAUGCAGACCAACCACCUCCAUCUCUUCAUACCAGCCUUCAUGGGUUUCAUAGCAGCCACGACAUCAGUGGUUUACUACCACAACAUAGAGACAUCCAACUUCCCCAAACUGCUGCUUGUCCUGUUCAUCUACUGGGUGUUGGCGUUCAUUACCAAGUCCAUUAAGCUGUGGAAGUUUGCAGAGUACCAUGUUGGACCACAGCACCUGAGGUUCUGCAUCACUGCCCUGCUAGUCCUCCUGUACGGACUGCUGAUGGCCGUGGAGAUCAAUGUCAUAAGAGUCAGAAAGUACGUGUUCUUUGCCAACCCUCAAAAGGUGAAACCACCGGAGGAUUUACAGGAUUUGGGGGUUCGCUUUCUGCAGCCGUUUGUCAACCUGCUGUCCAAGGCAACAUACUGGUGGAUGAAUCCUCUCAUCAUUGGAGCCCAUAAGAGGCCCAUAGAGCUGAAGAAGAUCGGCAAGCUGCCCAUCGCCAUGAGAGCCCUCACCAACUACCUUCGGCUCAAAGACGCCUACGAGGAUCAAAGGACAGCGGAGGAUCCGAACCGCGCCCCGUCAAUCUGGCGCUCCAUGUAUCGAGCGUUUGGCCGCCCCAUCCUGCUCAGCAGCACCUUGCGCUACCUGGCUGACCUGCUGAGCUUUGCCGGGCCGCUCUGCAUCUCUGGCAUCGUAAAGUACCUGAACAAGACCACACCGCCAAACAACAUCAAGGGUGAGAUAUAUUUAGGCGUGUACUUCAUGUCUACCACUGAGCUGCUGCAGAACACCUCAGUCCUGGCUGUGCUUCUCUUCCUGGCUUUGGUCCUGCAGAGGACCUUCUUGCAGGCCUCGUACUACGUCACCAUAGAAACGGGCAUCAACCUGCGCGGAGCCCUGCUGGCGAUGAUUUACAACAAAAUCCUGCGUCUGUCCACCUCCAACAUGUCCAUGGGGGAGAUGACGCUAGGGCAGAUCAACAACCUGGUUGCUAUAGAGACCAACCAGCUGAUGUGGUUCCUCUUCCUCUGCCCCAACCUGUGGGCCAUGCCUGUACAGAUCGUGAUGGGAGUGAUCCUGCUCUACUAUUUGUUGGGCUGCAGUGCCUUGGUUGGAGCAUCUGUGAUAGUUCUGCUGGCUCCAGUCCAGUACCGAAUAGCUACAAAGCUGGCAGACACACAAAAAAGCACACUAGAACACUCUACGGAUCGUCUGAAAAAGACCACAGAGAUCCUAAAGGGCAUCAAGUUGCUGAAGCUGUAUGCCUGGGAGAAUAUCUUCUGCGACAGCGUGGAGGACACCAGAGGCAAAGAGCUCAAGAGCCUCAAGACCUUCGCCUUCUACACAUCAAUGUCUAUCUUCAUGAAUGCUGCUAUUCCCAUUGCUGCCGUUCUUGCGACGUUUGUGGUGCGUCACUUCUUCGCUGAAACCGGUCCCAAUCCUUCGGAGGCCUUCGCAGCGCUGGCGUUGUUCCACAUCCUGGUCACCCCUCUCUUCCUGCUCUCCACUGUGGUCAGAUUUGCUGUCAAGGCGCUGGUCAGUGUCCAGAAGCUCAGCGAGUUUCUUCAGAGUGACGAAAUUGGAGACGACAGCUGGAGAAAUGGAGACACGUCUGUUUCCAUGGAAGCAGGAAAGAAACACCUGGGGGUGACCAAAGCAAUCAACAGGAAGCAGCCAAUGCGCUACCAGAUGGACAACUACGACCAGCCGACCCGGCGACAGAUGAGACCCACGGAGACGGAGGAUGUGGCUGUAAAGGUGAGCAAUGGAUUCUUCACCUGGGGAAGUAACCUGUCCACGCUGUCCGACAUCAACAUCUGCAUCCCCACAGGCCAGCUGACAAUGAUUGUGGGCCAGGUGGGUUGUGGGAAGUCCUCCCUGCUGCUGGCCAUGCUUGGCGAGAUGCAGACCCUCGGUGGAAGUGUCUACUGGAGCAAGCUGCCUGAUAAUGAGACGGUCCACGAGGGGAACAUAAGUUGGUCAGAGACAGAAGAGUCUGGCGAAGACAUCAGGAGCAAGAACAGAUACUCUGUGGCCUACGCUACCCAGAAGUCCUGGCUGCUCAACGCUACGGUGGAGGAGAACAUCACAUUUGGCAGCCCGUUCAAUAAACAGAGGUACAAGACCGUGAUAGACGCCUGCUCUCUGCAGCCAGACAUUGACCUGCUGCCAUUUGGAGACCAAACUGAGAUCGGAGAGAGGGGCAUCAACCUGAGUGGAGGUCAGAGACAGAGAAUCUGCGUGGCCAGAGCUCUCUACCAGAACACCAACAUCGUCUUCCUGGACGAUCCCUUCUCAGCGCUGGACAUCCACCUCAGUGAUCACCUCAUGCAGGAAGGAAUCCUCAAGUUUCUGCAGGAUGACAAACGGACUGUAGUCCUGGUCACCCAUAAACUGCAGUACCUCAUACAUGCAGACUGGAUUAUAGCAAUGAAGGAUGGCUCUGUGCUGAGAGAGGGAACUCUGAAGGACAUUCAGACUCAUGACAUCGAGCUUUAUGAUCACUGGAAGACCCUGAUGAACCGACAAGACCACGGCCUGGAGAAGGACGUACAGCAGGACAGCCAAACAACACUCGAGAGGAAAACACUGAGGAGAGCUUUCUACUCCAGAGAGGCCAAGAACCAAAUAGACGAUGAGGACGAAGAGGAAGAAGAGGAGGAGGAAGAUGAUGACAACAUGUCCACAACCACUAACAGAAGAUCUAAGAUCCCAUGGAGGGUGUGCUGGUGUUACAUGUCCUCCGGUGGGUUCUUUAUGGCCUUCCUGAUGGUGUCCUCCAAACUUCUCAAACACUCUGUCAUUGUUGCCAUUGACUACUGGUUGGCCAUCUGGACUUCCGCCAAAACCAACCAGAGUGUGGGAGCAGGACCAGACAUGUUUAAUGGAUCCAGCCUGGCUGACGGUAUCGGCGGCAACUCCACGCUUGGUACUCCGCAGGCUGAGGACGACUCCUACUACCUGCGAGUGUUCAUCAUCCUGUGUGCGGCUGGAAUCACGUUAUGCCUCAUCACCUCUCUGACUGUGGAGUUUUUGGGUCUUUCUGCAGCCACCAACCUGCACCACAACCUGCUCAACAAGAUCAUCCACGCGCCCAUCAGGUUCUUUGACAUCACUCCCCUGGGGCAGAUCCUCAACAGAUUCUCAGCUGAUACCAACAUCAUAGAUCAGCAUAUCCCUCCAACACUGGAGUCUUUGACGAGAUCCACCUUGCUGUGUUUGUCGGCAAUCGGGGUCAUAUCCUCCAUCACUCCAGCUUUCCUGAUCGCCUUGGUUCCCCUGGCUGUGGCCUUCUACUUCAUCCAGAAGUAUUUCCGAGUGGCCUCUAAGGACCUCCAGGACCUCGACGACUCCACACAGCUUCCUCUGCUCUGCCACUUCUCUGAGACAGCUGAAGGUCUCACCACUAUAAGAGCAUUCAGACACGAGGCUCGUUUUAAACAGCGUAUGCUGGAGCUGACCGACACCAAUAACACGGCCUACCUGUUUCUGUCUGCUGCCAACCGCUGGCUGGAGGUCCGAACGGACUACCUCGGAGCAGUGAUAGUGCUGACAGCAGCAGGAGCCGCCAUAUGGAGUUUACGCUACGGUCUGCAUUCUGGAGGCCUGGUGGGCCUCGGACUCACCUACGCCCUCACUGUCACCAACUACCUGAACUGGGUUGUGCGGAACCUGGCAGACCUGGAAGUCCAGAUGGCAGCGGUGAAGAAGGUCAACAGCUUCCUCGGCACAGAGUCAGAGAACUAUGAGGGAUCCAUGGAUGCCUCUCAGGUGCCUGAGAACUGGCCCCAGAACGGCGAGAUAAAGAUCCAGGAGCUGUGCGUGCGCUACGAUCCCAUGCUCAAACCAGUGCUCAAACACGUCAACAUGUUCAUCGAACCAGGCCAGAAGGUGGGAAUCUGCGGUCGCACUGGCAGCGGGAAGUCUUCUCUGUCCUUGGCCUUUUUCAACAUGGUGGAUAUUUUCGAAGGGAAGAUCGUCAUCGAUGGGAUCGACAUCUGUAAGCUUCCUCUGCAGACACUCAGGUCUCGGCUCUCCAUCAUCCUCCAGGAUCCCGUGUUGUUUAGUGGAUCAAUAAGGUUUAACCUGGAUCCAGAGAGGACGUGCACUGAUGACAGACUCUGGGAGGCGCUAGAGAUCGCUCAGUUGAAGAACAUGGUGAAAGCGCUGCCCGGAGGACUAGAUGCGGUUGUGACUGAAGGCGGAGAGAACUUCAGCGUCGGUCAGAGGCAGCUCUUCUGUCUGGCCCGGGCUUUUGUCAGAAAGAGCAGCAUCCUCAUCAUGGACGAAGCCACAGCAUCGAUAGACAUGGCCACGGAGAACAUCUUACAGAAAGUUGUGAUGACUGCAUUUGCAGACCGAACAGUCGUUACAAUCGCACACCGCGUCCACACCAUCCUAACAGCCGAUCUGGUCAUCGUGAUGAAGCGAGGGAACAUUUUGGAGUACGACAAACCCGAGACUCUUUUGGAGCAGGAGGACGGGAUGUUCGCUUCCUUCGUCAGGGCUGACAUGUAGACACACAAGUCAGUCAGCCAACGCCUGGCAACUGACAGACCGAUCAGUUGGUUGGAUCUGCUCCUUUUAGUUGUUUUCUUAAUGAGGCGGACAGUGCUCUGUGACACUACAACACUCCAGUGAAGCCAAUCAUGUUUGUCUUUAACGAGCAGCAACUUCUCUGUGUAUUUAACAGAAAAACCCGAUCCAGACACACCAGAUGAUAUAUAUAUAUUUGAAAAAUUGUACUUGAAUCAUUCAGUCAGUCAGCCAUUUAAAAUACUGUCUUUUUUUAUUUUCUUUUAUGUAGAAACACCAUAUAUAGUUUAAAUGAUAAACCAAUUACCAAGUCUAUCAAUCACGUGAUCCGAUUAGAAUGGAAAUUAGCAACUACACAUAUCCGGAAACUUUUUCACUACGUUAAACAGCUUAGAUAUGAAAUAU